AUGGGUAAAUCCUAAUCGAGACCUUUUGAAAAGCAAUUUAAUUUAAGUACUAUUGCCUUACAGAAACACCCUCCUAAAGACCCUUAGAUGGCAUAUGAGAGCCAAGCUUUCAACAUCAGCAAAAUUUCAAUAACUGAGGAGGAAUCAAAUAACAUCGUUAUCAAUAAUUUUAGAGAUCUUGAGUUGAGUUAAAACAACUCCAAUCAAACUACAGUUUCUCUCUCUGAUUCAAACAAUAAAACAACUAAUAGAACCUCCGAAGUAGAUAAAGUCAAGCUAGAUGACUUUUCAAUUAUUAAAGUAGUGGGAAGAGGGGCUUAUGUAAGUCUACAGUAUGCUUUUUAGAACACUAAGAGAGUAUAUAUGGUGUUUGAAUUCAUGGAGGGUGGGGAAUUAUAUGUACAUUUAAAAGAAUCUGGAAAGUUUAAUGUUGAACGAACUCGAGAAUAUGCUGCUCAGAUUCUUCUCGCUUUAGAAGAUCUUAAGCUAGAAAAUGUGCUCAUGGAUAAAGAUGGAUACAUUAAACUAGCUGAUUUUGGGCUGGCAAAAAUUAACCAGGAAGAUCAAAUCAAAAUUAAAGGCAUGCUUGAAGAAGAUGGUUAAUAUGUAUGCGGCACUUUGGAAUAUUUAUCACCCGAAGUAGUUAGAAAUAAGAAAUACGAUUCUCAUACUGAUCUUUGGAGUCUAGGAGUACUCAUGUUUGAAAUGCUUUCAGGAAGAGGUCCCUUCACUGAUAGGAAUCGUAAACUACUCUUUCAUAAAAUUGUUCAUCAAGAGGCAAACGUCGAUCAUAUCUCAAAUUCAGAGGCUUAAGAUUUGAUAAGGAGAUUGCUUACUAAAGAUUUGAAGAAAAGAUUGAAAGAUAUAAAUGAAAUUAAAAAGCACAAAUUCUUUUCCAAAAUAGAUUGGAAAGCCUAUGAACAUAGAGAGUUUAGCCCGAUUUAUGUUCCACUACUUUCUGGGAAUAAUCUAGACUACAGAUUCUUCGAUAAGGAAUUUGUAAAGGAAGCCUUGCAUGAGACCCCUGUAGAGUCUAAAGGAAAUUUAGACAAUUACUCAUACGAUCCAGACAACUUCAAAUUCUCAGUCAUCUCAGAUGAUAAUUUUAUCAAUAGAGUGAAAUGA